GAAGACCAUUGUGCUAUAUCCGAUUUAGUUGUUUUUGGUGAUUCGUAUUCAGACAAUGGAAAUCUAUGGAGGGCAACUAAUAAAAUUUUCCCUUCUCCAAAAUAUUAUUUUCAAGGAAGGUGGUCGAACGGGCGUGUUUGGAUAGAAGAUUUGAGUUGCAUGUUACGUGCGAGCUUAACUGACUUGGCUUAUGCAGGGGCGCUCACCAAUAAUAGCAUCUACGAAAAUGAAUACCCUUUUACAACUAACAACAUUUCAGACUUCAUAAUUCCCUCUGUUGAUGAACAAGUACAAAGUUUUUCACCAUAUGUGUCGUGUUAUCCUCCUAAAACGACAUAUGUUUUUUGGUCUGGAAUUAAUGAUUGCACGAAGAAAGUCGUGUCUUCUAUUGAAAAUUACAUUUCUUAUCUCGCAUCCAAGGGAGCUAAGAAAUUUUUAGUAAUAAAUGUUCCCGCUGUCGAUAAAUCACCUGAUUAUAACAAAUUCGAUAAUAGGACAAAACUACAAGAUACAAUUAAAAAAUUUAAUAAUUUAUUAAAUGCCACCAUGUCGAAGUUAGAUCGAUCGAAUCGAAAUAUCAAUAUCAAAGUAUUUGAUUCUUACGGAUUUUUUAAAAGAAUUAUCGAACAACCUCAAAUAUUUGGAUUCAAGAAUGUUGUUGACCCUUGCGUGAAUGCUACGAAUGAUAUGGGGAGAAGAGGUUUAAAAGAUGUUAGGAAUCAUUUACUUGAAAAAAGACAUCACGCAGGCGGUAAAUGUAAAGUCGGCAACCAUGAGAAUGACGGGGACAACAAUUGUGUUACUAAAGAGGAAUUAUCCUUCCAUUCACCAGGUGCUUGUGAAAAUCCUAAUGAAUAUUUUUGGUGGGACGGUUUACAUCCAAGUGAAAAAGUACACAAAUUAAUUGCAUCAAGAGUAAAAGAGUUCAUAUGCAAUCUGAAGGAAUGGAAGUGUUAG